AGUUUUGCAGGGAAAUGAACUUCUAAUUUUCGGUGCGAAUUUCUCGCUUUUGCUGGAAAUGGUGGUUUUCCGCGGGGGGGCGGGGGAAUUCACUCACCGCGCACAGCACCUCUCUCGCAUCUGUCCACCUCGAUUUCUCUAGGGUUUUCCUCUCCCAUUCGAGCCGGCUUCGUCCCCUUCCUCUUCGUCGCCAUCCACCGCCGAAGACGAGCUCCGUAUAGGGCUUCGUCGCCAUUUCCACAGAAGACCAGCUCAGACUUCGUUUUCGUCGCCAUCUCCGCAGAAGACCAUCUCCGAUUUCGAGUUUCAGACCACCGGCGCAUCUUCAUCUUCUUCCACGCGAGCGAUCUUCGUGUUCGCCAUCUCCGCCGAAGUCGACCUUCGAUUCCGACUUGCAGACCGCCGUUCAUCCUCGUCGCCAUCUUCGUCCACGACAAUUAUCAUGUUGUGGAGGCUAAUUGCUCAAAUGGUUUAAGAAGUAGUCAAGAUGGCAGUUUCUAAAAGGACAAUUAUGGCGUUAAAAUCUUACCAAAAUCAGGCUGAGGUGCUGGUUAAGAACUAUUUACUUGCAGAUCCUUUCAUUCCUUAUACUUCCAUCCUUGGGAGCGUGUUUUUCUGCAAAAUGUUGUAUGAUCUUUCUCAAUUGGUCAGCACUUUGUACUUUAGGAGCUAUAAUGCACUUACAAAAAUACAGCGGAUAGAGUGGAACAACCGGGCUAUCUCUACUUUUCAUGCAAUUUUUAUUUCAAGUUUGUCACUGUACUUCGUGUUCUGGUCGGAUCUCUUUUCUGAUGAGCACAGUGGCAUCCUUGUUACCAUUCGAAGCUCACAGCUAUCAACUUUUUCAUUGGGAGUUUCUGUAGGAUACUUCAUAGCUGACCUUGGAAUGAUUUUCUGGCUGUAUCCUUCUCUGGGUGGAAUAGAGUAUAUUGUCCAUCACUCUCUUUCCGCAAUUGCAGUAGCAUAUGCUAUGUUUACUGGGGAAGGGCAGCUUUACACAUUCAUGGUCCUGAUCUCUGAGGUGACAACUCCAGAGAUCAAUAUGAGAUGGUAUCUUGAUGUGGCUGGUUUGAAGAGGUCCAAUGCAUAUCUGAUUAAUGGUGUGGUGAUAUUUUUCGCAUGGCUGGUUGCACGAAUUUUGUUGUUCGUUUACAUGUUUUACCAUGUGUACUUGCACUAUGACCAGAUAAGUUCUUGUAACACUACUGGUCCUUAAAAAAGCUAGCUGAAAGUGACUAGUGGAUUCUGGGAAUCAAGUAACAUACACAAUACCUUUCUAGUAGACUGUCAAAUGUAGGAUUGAGUUGUGACAAUCCUGGAGUUGAGCCUCAACAAGCCAGAAAUCGCAUGUCUUAUUCUGAUCCAAAUCAGUUUCAAAAUACUCUCCCAGCCUGCAUCCACUCAGUAGUGGUCUUGGGUUGGCUUUGAUAUCACUUGCAACACAGCUCUUCACCCGAAAGUGUUAGUCAAAGAUCACUUAUGGGUUCAUUAGACCAAAUAAUAUACCAAAGAGCUCCCCAGUGAACUUAUUGAUAUGGGAUGUGGUCGUGACAGUUUUUUCUCUCAUUUCUUCUUCCCCUGCUGCGGUCACCUUCCCAUUCACAAGCUUAGAAAAUUUUAUUAUAGAAAUACCCUUUAUGUUCAACUUUGGGAAGAGAAUAAGAAACUGCUACCUCUUCAGAUGAACAGAGGAAGAUAGAAGAGUAUCAUUUAAAAAGAGCGGUAUUUCAACUUUCAUUUUCUUUGUGCCAUUUGUUCAACUUUGGGAAGAGAAUAAGAAACUGCUACCUCUUUAGAUGAACAGAGGAAGAUAGAAGAGUAUCAUUUAAAAAGAGCGGUGUUGCAACUUUCAUUUUCUUUGUGCCAUUUCCCUAUGGUUUCUGGCACCUUGUGGCAUGAGUGAAUUUUCAUUUUUAUUCUGUAAUUGGUGACGAAUUAUUGCCAGGUAAUGGAAUAACAGUGCAUUACUGUCUUCCAUAGAACUUUUAUUCCGUUACUUUCUUCCAUAAAAACUUUUUCCUCGCUGCUAUUUUGAAAAAAAACUCUAAAACAGCUGCCACUAUUUUCCAUUUUUCUCAUCUGGGUUUGAUUAUUGAAAGAAGCAGGAAAAUGCAUAAAAUUUUAAGCAUUUUGUUUUCCCUCGAGAGGUGAAGGAUAAGGAACCAUGCUCGAUACCAUAUUCCCUUACGAUCUGCUCUUUCACCGUUAGUUAUCUCUCACAGGCGCACAUGCAGAGAUUUUCUUUGAGCUUCAUGUGUUGUUCUAGUUUGUAUCUUUGCAGCAUUGUAACUUCUGUUGCAAGGAAGAAUGAAUUCUUUGAAUGAAA